AUGUUUGAUGAAAGUAAAAUUGAUAUAUCUAAAUUUCCUCUCAUUGAUGCUCACCAUCAUUUAUGGGAUUUAUAUGGUGAUCAUUAUCCAAGUUUACGUUCAGUCGAACAAGGUGGUAAAACGGAACAUGUUGCUGGCGAUUAUUUAAAAAUCAAGAAAAAUUAUCAAAUUAAAGAUUAUUUACACGAUACAAAAAAUUUCAAUAUUGUCAAAUCAGUACAUGUACAAGUACCAUAUGAAAAUAAACAAGACGAAUAUGGAGAUAUUAAAUGGUUACAAGAUCAAACAAAUGAGAAUGAUAAUUCUCAUUGUCUUCCAAAUGGCAUUGUUGCCUAUGCAAAUUUAUCUCACAUUGAUAAUUUACGUACAAGAUUUGAAGAAUUUAAAAAAUAUCCAAAUAUUCGGGGCAUUCGACAAAUGUUAAAUUGGUUAGAUGACAAACCAAAAAUAUAUACAAUGACUGAUAGACACGAUUAUUUGACCAAUGAUAAAUGGAUACAAGGUUAUUCCUUACUUCAAGAAUAUAAAUUAUCGUUUGAUUUACAAAUAUAUCAACAUCAAAUGGUCGAUGCAGCACAAAUAGCCAGACGAUAUCCACAAACAUCUAUGAUACUCAAUCAUUGUGGUAUGCCAUAUGACUGUGAUAAAUUUGAUGAAUGGAAACAGUGUAUGUCCAUAUUAGCUCAACAAUCGAAUAUUUCAUGUAAAAUAUCUGGUUUAGUUAUGUUUCAACAUCAAUGGACAAAGGAAUCAUUAAAACCUUAUAUUGAAUAUUGUUUGCAGUUAUUUGGUACUAAACGUUGUGCCUUUGGAUCAAAUUUUCCAGUCGAUAAAAUAAAUUCAACAUUUGACGAUUUAUACAAAGUCUAUUUUGAUAUAGCAAAAGAAAGUGGAUUAACGUCAGAUGAAAUGAAACAAGUUUUUUGUGAUAAUGCAAAACAAAUAUAUAGAUUAUAA